UGUCAGUCUGACAAAUGACAUCAUUGGGAGGUUAUGAUAUGCUCCUUUUAUUUAUUGUAAAGUUUUUUCGGAUGAAUAGUUAUUAAAUAAUAAGUGCAUUAAUCAGUGAGAUAUAUUUCCAACAAUGUCCGCCGGAGACAGCUUCAAGUUGGGGCAGAAGGUGGAAGUCGUCGGCAAGGAAGUCCAAGGAAUAAUCGCCUACAUCGGUGUGACUGAAUUCGCUAGCGGCAAAUGGAUUGGACUGAUUUUGGAUGUCCCGAAAGGGAAGAACAACGGGACUGUCAGAGGAAAAGAGUAUUUCAAGUGUGAAGAAAACUAUGGAAUGUUUGUGAAAGCUUCCCAAGUUUAUCAUCUGGAUGGACAAGGCAAUGCUAUAGAGCCAAGCGAGUUAUCGAAGCUGCGCAGUCGGCAAAGCACAGUUGGAAUGAAACCAAAACCGACAACUGUCAGGAGGAAAACUUCACCCACUAAAAGACCCGGCACUUUAUCAGCUUCCAGUUCUAGAAUUUCAUUGGCCAGCAGUCGCCAAUCACUUGCCAGCAGCAGGCAGUCACUCGCUGGUAGUCGUCAGUCAUUGGCUGGAAGUCGUAGUCAACUGGCUUCACCAAAUGUCGAACGGCAUGAGGGUUUGGAAGGCAGUCAAAUUCCAACUAAACGUGCAUCAUUUGUUGAGACAAAUUUUGUGGAAACUUUAAAACCACAAUUUACACCCGGUCAAGCAAUUACUUCUACUACAACUCCCAUCACCAGUGUGGAAGAUAAGUUAUCCACUCUACAGUUCCAGCAGGAGAUUGAAAACCGUGAGCAACAGAUUCGUGACUUAAGUGAAAAGUUGGAGACGCUUAAGAUUAAACGCCAUGAUGACAAAGAACGCACCAAGGACUACGACAAACUCAAGAUUCAACUUGAGCAGUUGUUGGAGUUUAAACAAAAAAUUAUGGAAUCACAGCAGAGCCUUCAGCGCGAUCUGCAACGCGCGAAACAAGAGGCGAAGGAAGCAAUUGAUGCUAGAGAGGCGCAUGCUGAUGAAGUUUGUGACCUAGCAGACGCUGUGGAAAUGGCGACGCUGGAUAAAGAAAUGGCAGAGGAAAAAGCGGAAGCUUUACAACUUGAAUUGGAAGCAUGCAAAGAAAAAUUAGAAGAAGUCACCUUAGAUUUAGAGAUACUGAAAACAGAAAUGCAAGAGAAAGGAGGUAAUAUCGGUGAGGGUACUGCGGUAUCAAGUUAUGAAAUUAAACAACUUGAGCAACAAAACGCCAGACUACGAGAGGCAUUAGUGCGCAUGCGUGACCUGUCCGCACAUGACAAGCAUGAAUAUCAGAAACUCAUGAAAGACAUGGAUCAAAAGAAGUCGGAAAUUGCCGAGUUGGGACGAACCAAGGAAAAGUUAAGCACUCGGGUUGAACAAAUGGAACAACAAAUCUCCGAUUUACAAGAACAGGUUGAUACAGCAUUGGGUGCAGAGGAAAUGGUUUUUAUCCUCGGCGAGCAAAAAUUAACUCUUGAAGAAAAAGUAGUGCAACUCCAGGAAGAAGUCUCUGAACUGGAAGCAUUGCAAGAAAUGAACGAACAACUCUUGGAAAGCAACGCUGAAAUGGAAAGUGAUCUGCGCGAAGAAUUAGACAUGGCGUGCUCCGCGCAUCGCGAAGCUCUCCGUGAGAAGGAAGCCGCGCUUGAAACAAUCGCCGAUCGCGAAUCCACCAUUAACAAAUUCCGCGAUUUGGUUCAAAAACUACGCGAACAAUCACUCGAUCUACAAAACCGUUUAGAAUCAGAGUCUUCUAAACCAGUUUCCGCACUUCCAGAAAUAAUGGACUUCAAAAAAAUGUUUACUGAAACAAAAGCGCACACCAAAGCGAUUGAUUUGGAAUUGCGUCGGGUGGAUGUCCAACAACUUCAACAACACAUCCGGUACUUAACCGCGUUUAUGCCGGAUAAUUUCAUGAAUCGUGGUGGAGAUCACGAUGCCGUGCUGGUUUUGUUACUCAUUCCGCGCAUGAUUUGCAAAACUGACUUGUUACUCGGUCAGUUACGAGAUAAAUUCCCAGCUGUUGAGAAAAUCGAUCGCAAUGCAGUUAUUAAAGGACAUGCGGUUGAACAAUACAGCUUUAGAUGCCGCUUGUCUUAUUAUAUUUACGCACUGCAGUCGAUUCUUCAUCAAUAUGAUUAUUGUUUGACUUCUUGUAAAUCGGAGACAUUACUUAACGUUGGUGCUAACUACAGCGAGAUGGCAGCACAAGAGCGAGUCAUCGACGGGUUUGUAGAAUUGGUUAAACGCAGUCAGUUGGAUGAAAAUGUACCAACUGAACUGAUUGAAAAAUGUGUUGGUUAUUUCUAUACAAUGUAUCCAUUACAACUAAGCGCGGAGAACAAACUGAAUCACACACAGUUGUUGAAUGAUAAUGUCAAGUUAUUAGGUGCCGCUAUGGACGGUAUUUCUGUUGACGCUUUGGUUAUUCGUAAUAUUCUGGAAUCAGUGACUGCUGGGGAUAUUGGUUUGUUAUCUCAGCAUAUUAUUACAACUUCAGAGCAAAUUCAGGCGCAGAUUAAAUUGAUCAAGCGUAGAAUCCCACCGGAUAAUGCAAUCUCGAAUGUUGGUUUGAACAAAGAAGUGUUUGAGAAUCUAUAUCAGUGUUACUUGCACUCCGGGAAAAUCCUGAAAACUCUGCAGGAUAUUAAUAAAAACGCGGUGAAAACAAUAGCGACAUCUGGUGAUUCCGAUAAGGGAUUGUCUUCGGAUAAAAUGAAAGAUUUAGCGAUUAAUGCAAGCGAUAAAAUUUACGAACAAGAUGAUUUGGGUCCGGUGCAAAGUAUUAAGAAUUCCAUCUCGUUUAUUGCGACACAAAUUGCACAACUCGCCCAGUUUCUGCAAGAUAAUGAAUAUGAGAUUAAUACGAGUCGUAAAAGUGAAGAGAAACAGAUUCCGACUGUUAUGAUUCGCGCUGGUCAUGUUAAGAAAGAACUGGAGCAAACUAAAACACUCACGAAUAAAUUAGAAGCGAAAGAUGCUGAUAUUAAAGAGUUGAGGAAAGCUUUGAAAGAUAAACAGGAACAACUUUCUGAGAUGACUAUUCGGAAGGAAUUGGCUGAGAAAAAGUUUGGAAAUGUAAAUAAAGAUUAUGAAUUGACUAUUGAGAAAUUAAAUAGGAAACUGGACGAGUCGCAAUUAAGCGUGCAAAGGUUGGAGAAGGAAUUUGAGAAGACUAUGGAUUACAUGCAAGCUGACAUUGAUAGUUUAGAGGUUGAGAAGAAAGAGAUGAAGGAAAAAUUGCAGCAGAUUAGUAAGAGUCCAGGAAUUGAAAGUGCUAAAGCUUUGGAGGAAGAUAGAAAGGAUGAACCUACCCUACCGCAGAUUGUUAAAGAUUCACCGAUGUUGCUCCAGGAAAUUGAUCAUUUACAAAGUUUGUUUGCUAAAGAGAGGGAUGAAAGGAUGAAGCUGCAGAGUGCUAAACUUCAGAAUAUUCUGAAUGGUCUGAAACCGUUGCCUAAGUUUAAGACGGAGUUUGAUCCGGUUAUUGAAGCCCUCUACAAAGAAGGAACUGCAUUAAAACAGGAAAUACUUAUGUCUCUUGCAAUGCCGAAAUUCCCAUCGAUUUACAAACUGCAACCUGAACUGAGAUUGAACGGAUGGCAAAGGCACUUUGCCGAUAAACAAGCGAAGCUUAUAAGACUCAAAGCACGAGCGGCAGCAUUCCAACGUAAAGUAAUGAUUGAAAGCAUGAAGAGACAGUUUGGUUCGCAAGUCGGGUCUGAUUUUACUGUCUUCCCUACCAAUGAGAUGAAGAAGGCUUUUGAAGAAAGUAAGCCGAUAAAUAUUGGUUUCGUGCAGUUUCCCAAACAGUACUGUGCUAAUAAUCAAAAGUCGUCAGUGGUGAAUCUGGAGUUGGAUUUCCAAAAUCUGCAAAACCUCUUAAACACUCUUACAAAAUAAUGCAAAUAAUACAAUAUUGAAUUUAGUUCUAAUUUUAGUAAUAAUUUCUCUAGUUUGAGUAAUGCAAUUUGCUUGAACUUGGAAAAUGAUGCUUUAUGAUUUAUCAGCUGAUGUAAUUAAUCUAUGUGAUAAUACUUGCUUCAAAUGCACACUUAUUUAAUAUUUAUACUGGUUUGCAUAUUAUACACUUCUUGUUUCUUA